AUGGAGCCUCAGCCUUCUAUCGAAUCGUUACCUAACGAGAUACUUAUCUCUGUCCUCUCUCACUUGCCGACUCGCUCGUUACUUCCACUCUCGUCUAUAAGCCGCCGAUUUUACUUUGUGACGCAGAGCAUUCUCCGUCAACGCCUGAAACGUGCCACUUCCUCGUUAUCUUCCGACUACCGUUUGAUUCUUGAGUGCUAUCAUCCUGCUGCUGCGCUCUCCACGCCGUAUCUCUUCUGCAACUACCUUCAUACCGAUAUUGUGGAUGGGGGGUAUCUGUGUGAGCCAGUUGAUGAGGAUGCUCCUUCUAUUUCUCCAGAGCCACACGAUUGGUCUCUGUCAAGACACAGAAUUGAGAACAUCUACUCACAUUUCCGACCAGUAGUGCAGCAAGAGAAUAGGAGUGGUAGAGUGAGGUAUCCACGGCGACAGCAGCAGCAACAACAGUCGAAUCGGGCGCAGCAGGAAGAAAGGCUUGAAGAAAAAUACCCUUACCAGGACAUCGAGCUGGGGCUUGGCGAGUUGUUUUCACAGCUCUGUACCGUGACCAAUCUCGUCCGGCUGAGGCCUCGUCCAGGUUUGUUCCUUACUCACGUCAACGUGAGUGACAAUGUGAUCCGUGUGGAGCGUGAUUGGCUGGCUGCGCAGGCGAAAGCAGAUGAGUCGAGGAUUUUGUGGGUUGACGAGAAGUACACUGUGGGCUUGCGCUUCCGAGUCGAGGAACGGGACGUCCGCGAUCAACACCCUGUCCUAGCAGCUGCCGAUGAGGAGCUGCCAGCCGUCUACCGUCUCGAGUUUGAGGAGCUACUAGUCCGGGCCGGCACCAUAUUGUUGAUGGUGGAAAAGUCGGAGGUGCAACGUGAUAGCGCCACUGAAGGUAACGCCGUUGUGAUUGCCUUUGAUGGAUGA